AUGAAUCUCGAGGAGGUAAUGCCUCCGUUUGCUCACUGCUUCGACAAUUGCGCACGCUCUUUUCUCAAUAGCUGGAUGACGUUUUUGCUGGCAAACAAUGUACGUGAGAAGGAUGCGACCGGUCUACCAUCUCGAUUGAGUGUAGCGGAGAUCGCGAUAUCAGAUGCAUCAGUUUCGAGCACCAAAGGUAUUCUCGGGUCGAUAGUGACCAAGAUUGCAUCCAUCAACUCCUUUUUCAAACUUUCAAACGCUUUCAUAGCAGAUUCAGGGACAGGAAAGGCUGUAUUGAGAGCGCUUUCAGUGCACCACAAUCCAGAGGGACAAAAACGCAGUCUGGAAAACGUGGACGUUUUGGGACCCGUAAAAAUAAGACAAGAAAAGCCGUUUUUGGUAGCAGUAGUCCACUACAAACUCAGCCGGAAUACCACUACAAGUAGUUCAUCAACUCAGUCGGACAAUGGAAACGAAGAAGAUGAAUCGUAUGGCAAGAGCAGUGGCUUUGGGACCGAUAGAUGCAAGCUCACAUGGAUUGAGUCGGAUAGUUCAGAUUUAAAGACCAGUCCAACGUUAAUCAAACGGGAAGACAACCAAAUAUCCGCCUACACUUCAACGGGUUGUAUACUCAUAGGGACCGCACCGCUCAGGGCCUACAAACAGAGGCAUGAAGACGUACCCCCAACUCACCAGGACUGA